CAGUGGGGGUUAGGAAUGGCGAUAGAGAAGUGAUGAUGAUGAUGAUCUGUGUUGAGAUCUCUGCUACUCAUACUUUCCGCUGCUGUCUUCUGUUCCCAAGAUUGUUCACUCCCAAACACAAACCAAACCCACCAUUCCCCUCUCUCUCUCUCUCUUCCCCAGAUCUUUGUUUCCUUCCUUAAUCAGAACUCGUAACAGUAUCUCCUAAAUAGUAUGUUUUCAAUUCAGACAAAGCCUUCUCCAUUCCACACAUCAUCAUCAUAAUCCACAACAAAUUCAACUCAAUCUUUAUCUUUACUUUAUAUAUAUACUACUCCACUAUUGUGUGUGUGUGUGUGUGUGUGUGAAUGGUGUACGCCGACGAAUGGGGUUUCCCAUUCUCCGAAGAAGCAAACAACGAAGCGAUCGAUCUGAACGCGUCGUUGAACGAGGAGGAGGAGGAGGAUGACAUGCAUGGGUCUGCAAGCAAGGACAUGAUGGCCCAGUCCAAGCUCUGCGCCAGAGGCCAUUGGCGCCCCGCCGAGGAUGCCAAGCUCAAGGAUCUCGUCGCCCUCUACGGCCCCCAGAACUGGAACCUCAUCGCCGAGAAGCUGGACGGCCGAUCUGGUAAGAGCUGCAGGCUGCGCUGGUUUAAUCAGCUGGAUCCCAGGAUAAACCGGAGGGCUUUCACCGAGGAGGAGGAGGAGCGCCUCAUGGCGGCGCACCGCCUGUACGGUAACAAAUGGGCCAUGAUUGCGCGCCUCUUUCCGGGGAGAACCGACAAUGCGGUCAAGAACCAUUGGCAUGUCAUCAUGGCUAGGAAAUACCGGGAGCAAUCGACCGCCUACCGCCGCCGGAAAAUGGGGCACUUUGUUUUCAAGGAUGAAAAGGAGAUCAUACCCUCCGCUGCCCUUUGGGCUCCGCAGCCUUCUCUUGCUUUCUACCCAGGCCCGAGUUACAGUAAUGAGAUGAUUAGCAUUUUAAACCACAACAAAUCAUGGGAAGAAACCAACUAUUCCUACCACUAUUCUCCACUGCACCACCACACACUCUAUCAUUUCCCACGCCAACCGGAAGCCCAAGCAGCCGAGCCCGAGCCCAACCCCAACCCGGAUGAGGAGGAGGAUGACCGGAUGGCGCCGCCUUUUAUAGAUUUUCUCGGAGUCGGCGGCGGCGGCGGGGGAUUUAAUUAGCUAGCUAGCUAGUGUUAAUCUUUGAGUGAAUAAUUAAUUAAUUAAUGUUGGUGUGGCAUUUGGGAUCAGUAGGAAUUCUUUGAUAUUAGUAUAAUUUCUCUUUCCUCGUAAGUUGGAAACUGUUUGAAAAUGUGUUGUCACUUCGUGAUCACUGUGUUUAGUGUUUACAUCUUACAUAUA